AUGUAUGUGAAUUAUUGUACAUCGACAUAUGCAUAAGCAACAAUAUCUGCGAAUCUUUGUUUAUAAUAGCUGACGUUUAUGGAGUUUAUGGUGCUAAAUAAAGAGGGAAACCGCAAAAACGGGUCAUUUGAAUUUAGUGCAAAUAUCAGGAAACUAACCACAAUUGUUAUCUAAAGGUGUUCAUCGCAGCAAUGUAUGUAUUCGCAACACAUGAUGUCAGAUGGAUCGCCGCCCCCAUCGAUUUGUUUCAUUCGAGCCGCCGAAUCAUAUCCAAAAUCACAAAUGGAGAAGGAAGACUCGCAGCUGUCGGUUCCCUUUCAAGAGCUUUCCGGCGAGUCAACCAAAUAUCUGGGCCGCACCGAUGAUGGUGUCUUAGCUUUGUCCAAUUACCGCAUAUGCCUCUCAAAGAAAUCAACGAAUGAAACUUAUGUGCCGCUCGGAUUGAUUGAGUCGGUGCAGGUGCGUGAUCCCUUCCAGCUGAUUGUCAAUUGCAAAGAUGCCAGCACCGUCCGCUGUUCGUUUCCCACGGCGGAGCAAUGCCUGGAGUGGCAGCGCCGCAUUCAACUGUUAAUUGGUGUGCCCGAAACGCUUGAGACAAUGUUCGCAUUUCCAUUUUACUCCUGGACAUGCGACAUUAUUGGGAACAAAGAGCGCGCCACUCUGACCAACGGCAACGGAAACGGCAACUUCAAAUCGACACCAGCGCCUGAUAGUUCAAGUCUGCAGACGGCAAGCGAACAUUUACAUCGCUUACAGCGGGAAAUUCGGUAUGAGAGCGACUUCAAGAAUGAGGUUGCACGGCUGGGAUUCGAUUUGAAGGGAUCGUGGCGCAUCUCGACGGCGAAUGCUGACUUCAAGCUCUGUCCCUCGUAUCCGCAAAAGCUACUUGUUCCGUGCUGCAUUACCGACGAAAUGCUCCACAAUGUUGCCAAUUUUCGUGGAUCGCGCCGAUUGCCAGCCGUCGUCUGGCGCCAUCAGAAAUCUGGCGCAAUUCUGGCCCGUUGCAGUCAGCCGGAGGUCGGCUGGCUGGGCUGGCGAAACUACAAGGACGAGCAGCUGCUGAAAGCGCUUGCCGAUGCCUGUGCCUUCGAUCGGGGUGAACAUGCGCGACGACAGGCCAAGGAUACCAAUGGAGAGGCUGGAUCCUCGGGCAAGAGCUCUCCCUCACUGGAGGACUCCUCGCACGAGGAGCUUGCCUUAGAUGAAAUCAGGAAAAUUCUUAUCGUCGAUGCACGCAGCUAUACGUCGGCCGUCACAAAUCGGGCACGCGGCGGCGGCUGUGAAUGUAUUGAAUACUAUCCAUGCGCCGAAAUCGAAUUCAUGAAUCUGGGCAAUAUACAUGCCAUACGAAAGAGUUUUCACGCCGUUCGCCAGUUGUGUGCAUCUUCACCCGACGAUCCAAAUUGGUUCGGGCAAUUGGAGAAAACGAUGUGGAUGCAACAUCUGUCGGGUCUGCUGGGCGCCACAAUGACUGUCGUGCAUACGAUUGAGAAGAAUGGUCGUCCAGUUCUGGUGCACUGCUCCGAUGGCUGGGAUCGUACGCCCCAAAUUGUGGCAACGGCCCAACUUUGCCUGGAUCCAUUUUAUAGAACUGUUGAAGGUUUCCGUGUUCUGGUGGAGCGUGAAUGGCUGAAUUUCGGGCACAAGUUUGCGGAUCGUUCCGGUAAUGGCCCCAAUUCGGAUGAGGUGAAUGAACGUUGUCCAGUGUUUCUGCAGUGGCUCGAUCUGGUGCACCAAAUACACAAGCAAUAUCCGUGCAGCUUUGAGUUUAGCACGGGUUAUUUGAUAAAACUCGCCCAGCACUCACAGUCAUGUCUGUUUGGCACGUUCCUAUGCAAUUCACUGAAAGAACGAAUUGAGAAUUCGGUUUUCGACCGAACAUUCUCUGUGUGGCCAUUCUUAGCCGAAACGAUGUAUAGAAAUCCGCUCUAUAAACACGAGACUGAAAAGGUACUUUGGCCGGCGCACAAUGUGCGCUAUUUGCACUUCUGGUCCGAUGUAUAUCUCGGCAAUUUGGGCAAUAAAAACGGCACCGAUCUUCCCUUGCAAAGCAAUGAGCGGCAAAGUGUUCACAGCGUGAAUGGAGCGACAGUGAAAACUCGUUCGACAGAAAACAUUGCCACAAACGAGCUCUCACAGAGUACGAUAUCGAGAAGAUCAAGUGAUCCCAAUCUGACCGUGGAUUCAAUUGUAACGGAGGGAAUCAAUUUGAAUACGAGCAGCAAUUCCAUGUUUGAUAUCCGGCUGGAGCCAAAGGAGUGCAUAAUCGAUGCGAAAUCAGAUGUCAAAUUGGACAGCGAUUCAGUUGAUAGUCCAAAGCUGGCGGAGCAUGCACAAAAUGGUUCCGCAAAACUGUUAACUGAGUUCAAAAACAAUGACCAAAGCACUGCAGCAGUUCAACGUGAUACAUUGAGCGAGGGUUCUGCAUCCAUAAAUGGCAAGAUCACCAUUCAGCGCAUGGACUCCCAGCCCAUUGACUUAGCAAUACAUACCCCUUGUGAUUCCCCAAAUGACUAUGCUCCCUCCAUCUGUGAAAGCUUUAGUGAUAAGAGCCAGACUCUGUGUCAGAGUCGUGGCCAAAUCGAUACUAGUACGGAUACCUUAAUUCCUAUAGAAGCGACCCAGCAAGAGACGCUUGUGGUGUCGCAAGAUCCAAAUAAAGACAGCGACGUGCCUUCAGAACAAGAUGCCGAUGUCAUACCUCAUGAAAAAAAGACCGAAGCAACGACCGUUGCGCAUACCAAUAAAAUUAGUCAAAGCUAUAGCAAUUUGCCUCGAGUUCACAUCAAGCCCAACAAUCUGAGAUACUUUCAACAGAACGCCAGCGCAACAACUUUGGAGAAAAGCCAUGCAUUCGAGCAGCCGUUGGAAGGGCACAAGACAGCGAACGGGGAGAGUAGCAAGGAGGCGAAUGCAACAAAAGAUAUCUUAAAUGGAACAGUUACCUUAAACAAUGGCAGCAACACCAGCGAAUCCCUGCCGCUAUCACCUGAGCAUCAUCGAUGCAAUUCGCAAACGCAUAACAUGUUUGCGCCCUUUGAUGAGUCGGCGGCAAGCAGAAGAAACACGCUCUGGUCGAAUCUCAAUCGGGAGCAUACGCAUUUGAAAUAUGCAGAAAACGUUAGUGCACUUAACUUCCCGGCGUCUGGACUUAUAUCAUUGCCUCCGACCCCGCAAGGCUCGCAAGAGCGAACACAGUUUACAAUAUCCUGCCCAGAUGGCUUGUCCCAUUGCUUAAGUGAGCAGAACAUACGCCUACAUCAGAUCGUUCAAGAGCACAAGCUUCGCGAGGAAGUUCUUUUGCGCGAAAUUCACGGAAUGCGUUUGGCGCUGCUACAAAAAGGUUGUCCAAGCUGCAACAGCGUCGUAUCGACAAAUGUGGAGCAUGAAAACGGAUCGGAUAUUGUUGAAAAUGCAUCAACAUGUUCAUGGGAAGCCGUUGAAGAGCGUAGUGGUCCAUCAUCGUAUGCCACAUCCACGAUACAAGAGAAAAAGGCUUCCAGUGUCCUCUGGGUGCCCGAUCAUGCCGUUUCGCGUUGCUCGAAUUGUCAAAUUGAGUUCUGGCUUGGACGAAGAAAACAUCAUUGUCGAUCAUGUGGCGAAAUUUUCUGUGCUGACUGCUCUGAAUUCUGGGCGCCUUUACCAUACGAAAAGCUUUUUAAUCCAGUAAGACUUUGCGGCUCCUGUUAUACGACCGUUACGGCACAAGUGCACGAUUGUAGCGUUCCUUCCACGACAAAUCCAAAUGCAAGUUCAAAUUUAAAUACAAAUUCGAUGGCGAUCGCAAUUGCUAGCGAUGGGGCUACGCUGAAGCCGGCUGCAAGCUCUCAAGAGUAGUUUUCCAUUAGCUUUAGGAUUCUGACGUUGAAACAAUAUGUAAAUAUAAUAUACUCAAAUAUUUAUUGCAUAUAUAUAUAAAUGUUAACACUAUUAUAGCAGAAAGAAGUAUAUAAAAUAAACAAAUUGUGCGUACUUGUAGAAGAAACACACAUGAAAUUAUACAAAA